CCGUCCUCGCGAGACUGGGGCCCGUACUCCAGGCUCCCGGGCCGCACGUGUCUGCCGAGGGAGCCUGCUCUCCGGCCGCCGCCGCCUGCUCCAAGCCCUGAGGUGCGGCGACUGUCACCAUGGGGAAGGCCAGGUCCGCCGGGGCGCGCGGGAAAGCCCCUGGGGCCCCGGCGGGCGCGCGGGGCGGCCGGACGCGGCCCAACCCCAACCCGUUCGAGGUGAAAGUCAACCGGCAAAAGUUCCAGAUCCUGGGCAGGAAGACGCGCCACGACGUGGGGCUGCCCGGGGUGUCGCGCGCGCGGGCCCUCCAAAAGCGCACCCAGACUUUACUAAAGGAGUACAAAGAAAGGGACAAGUCCAAUGUGUUUAAAGAUAAACGCUUUGGCGAGUACAGUAGCGACAUAAGCCCAGAGGAAAAGAUGCUGAAGAGGUUUGCUUUGGAACAGCAGCGACAACAUGAAAAAAAAAGCAUCUACAACCUAAAUGAGGAUGAAGAACUAACUCACUACGGCCAGUCCCUGGCCGACAUCGAAAAGCACAAUGACAUUGUCGAUAGCGACAGUGACUCUGAGGACCGUGGAGCGCUGUCUGCUGAGUUGACCGCAGCCCAUUUUGGAGGCGGGGAUGGGCUCCUUUAUAAGAAGACCUCUCAGCAGCAAGGCGAGGAGGGAGAAAAACCAAAGUCACGCAAAGAACUGAUCGAGGAGCUCAUCGCAAAGUCAAAGCAGGAGAAGAGGGAGAGACAGGCUCAACGGGAAGAUGCCCUCGAACUCACAGAGAAGCUCGACCAAGACUGGAAGGAAAUCCAGGCUCUCCUGGCACACAAAACGCCCAAGCCAGAGGGCAGAGGCGGGAAGGAGAAACCCCAGCCUGAUGCAUAUGACAUGAUGGUUCGGGAGCUCGGCUUUGAAAUGAAAGCACAGCCCUCCAACAGGAUGAAAACCAAGGAGGAGCUGGCCGAGGAGGCACAGGCGCGGCUCAGACGCCUGGAGGCCGAACGACUCCGAAGAAUGCUUGGAAAGGAUGAGGAUGAACGUACCAAGAACCCAAAACACGUGUCAGCGGAUGACCUGAGUGACGGCUUCAUACUGGACAAAGAUGACCGGCGUGUGCUCUCUUACAAAGACGGAAAGAUGAACGUCGAGGAAGAGCUGGGCGGGGAGGCCAGUGCCAGUGAGAGCGCAGAGGAGGAGGAGGAGGGCUCGGGCGAGGAAGGGGACCCAGAGGAGAGCGAUGGCCCGGACGGCCACUCGGACCUGGAGUCAGACGUGGGCAGUGAGGAUGGCGGCGAGAGGGCAGAGGAGGACGCAUGCCUGGUCCCCGGGGACAUAGCGAUAGCUGAUGACGGAGGAGCGCGAGAGGCUGCCAGGACGGAGCUGCCCUACACGUUGGCAGCUCCGGAGUCCUACGAGGAACUGAAGUCUUUACUGUCAGGAAAGUCGGUGGAAGAGCAGCUUCUGGUUGUGGAGAGAAUUCAGAAAUGCAGCCACCCGAGUCUCGCGGUGGGAAACAAAGCCAAGCUAGAAAAACUGUUCGGCUUCCUUUUGGAAUACAUUGGCGAUUUGGCUACAGAGGACCCCCCAGGCCUCGGCAUAAUUGACAAGUUGGUCGUGCAUUUAUAUAAUCUCUGCCAGAUGUUUCCUGAUUCUGCAAGCGACUCCAUGAAGUUCGUCCUCCGAGACGCCAUGCACGAGAUGGAAGCGACAGUGGAGUCCACUGGCCGGGCGGCCUUCCCGGGCCUGGACGUGCUCAUUUACUUGAAAAUCGUUGGGAUGUUGUUUCCAACCUCGGACUUCCGGCACCCCGUCGUCACCCCCGCGCUGCUGUGUAUGAGCCAGCUGCUCACCAAGUGCCCUGUCCUGUCCCUGCGAGACGUACUGAAGGGCCUGUUCGUGUGCUGCGUGUUCCUGGACUACGUGUCUCUGUCUCAGAGGUUCAUACCCGAGCUUGUUAACUUUCUCCUCGGGAUCCUCUACACAGCGACUCCGAAGAAGCAAAGCCAAGGUUACACUCUGGUGCACCCUUUCAGAGCACUUGGGAGGAACUCAGAGCUGCUCGUGGUUUCUGACAAGGAGGACAUGGCCACAUGGCAGAGGAGACGCCUCUCCCUCCACUGGGCAGCUGGACCGAAAGCCCAGACGAAGACGGAAGCCAACCACACCAGACUAUCCUGCCUGGCCGUGUGUCUGGCCCUGGUGGAGCGCUGUGUGCGCGUGUACGGCGCUCUGCCGUCCUUCCACGACAUCGUGAGGCCCCUGAGAGCCCUCCUGACGGAGCACCUGGCCGACAGCAGCCGCCCCCGGGAGCUGCAGGAGCUGGGGCAGAGCGCACUGACGGAGAUGGAAUCUCACGCGCGGCUCUGCCGGCCGCUGGUCUGUGAGAAGAGCAAGCCGGUGCCGCUGAAGCUGUUCACCCCCCGGCUGGUCAGAGUCCUGGAGUUUGGGAGGAAGCAGGGGAGCAGUAAGGAGGAGCAGGAGAGGAAGAGGCUCAUCCACAAGCACAAGCGGGAGUUCAGGGGGGCCGUCCGGGAGAUCCGCCGGGACAACCAGUUCCUGGCUCGGAUGCAGCUCUCGGAGAUCACGGAACGGGAUGCGGAAAGAAAGCGGAAAGUGAAGCAGCUUUUUAACAGCCUGGCUACGCAAGAAGGUGAAUGGAAGGCUCUGAAAAGGAAGAAGUUCAAAAAAUAAGUCGUGUUUUAUGAGUUAGACAAGGAGGUUCUGUGGAGUGAAGGUGGUAAGGGACGCUGUAAGGGCAGUGAGAGUUUCUCCCUGCGCUUCAGUUCCUGUAAAGACCUCUCUACUGAAGAGCUGCACUUUGGGAAUUAGGACCAAGCCUCUGUGAGAGCUGUGUGCGAAUACACUGUAAAGACCUUUGUUCUUCGUGCCCAGACAAACCUCCGUUAGUCACAGUUGACUCUGGACAACUUCAUGUGUAGAAUUUGGAGUGUUAACUUACAUAAAUUUUCAUUUACAAAUGAAA